AGAGGUAAUAAAAGGAACCUGCAGAACCUCAAGAGAGCUGUUUACACUUGGAUGCUGCUGGAAGAAGAUAUCUUAUCAGAUAGAGAUAAGAUUAAAGAAACCUUGAAAAUCCAAGGGGGUUUAUUUGUAAGUUUAAGAUAACUCGCUCUACAAUGAAGAUGCUGAAUGUGGACCUACUAGUUUUAAGCUUGUGCCUUGGUCUGGGAACUGGAUUCAGUGCUGCUGAGAAAACACAAUAUCAAAUCCAAAAUGGCCCUUGCAGCUAUACGUUUCUGCUGCCUGAGCAGGAUAACUGCCAAACUCAGUAUAACAACUACAACUAUCCUGUCCAGAAGGACGGACCUACGGACAACGAGUCAAUUCAGAGGCUGGAACAACUGGAGAUCAGCAUGGAGAACAACACGCAGUGGCUGCUUAAGCUUGAGAGCUACAUACAGGACAGCAUGAAGCAGGACAUGAUCCAAAUCCAACAGACUGCUGUACACAACCACACCGCUACAAUGAUUGAAAUCGGGACAAACCUGCUAAGUCAAACUGCUGAGCAAACAAGGAAACUGACCAACGUGGAGGCACAGGUUAUUCAUCAUACAACUCGGAUUGAGCGCCAGCUUCUUGAAAACUCUUUGUCAACCAACAAAUUGGAAAAGCAACUAAUUGUCCAAACAAACGAAAUCAACAAACUGAAUGACAAGAACAGUUUUCUAGAGAAGAAAGUAAAAGAGAUGGAGGAGCAGAGGCAGGUGGAGAUGAAGACGCUUCAAGAAGAAAAGGAGCAGCUCCAGACUCUGAUACUGAAGCAGACGGCUAUCAUCGGCGAGCUGGAGCAGCAACUGCUCAAAGUCUCAACCAACAACACAGCCCUGCAGUAUCAGCAGCAGGAGCUACUGGACACUGUGAACAACCUCAUUUCUAACAUCGCUUCUGGCACCGCUCGAGGUCCCAAAACUGUCAUGAUGCGGGACACACCUACUACAUUCACGGACUGUGCUGCCGUCUACAAAUCAGGAAAUACCAACAGUGGUGUCUACACGCUAACAUUACCCAACAAUACAAUGGAGGUUAAGGUUUUCUGUGACAUGGAGACAGAAGGAGGUGGCUGGACUGUUAUACAAAAACGCUUUGACGGCCGUGUUGACUUUCACCGUACGUGGCAAGAGUACAAAAAGGGAUUCGGAGAACCUUCCGGAGAAUUCUGGUUAGGAAAUGAAUUUGUCUCCAGACUGUCAAAUCAACAGUCCUACAAAUUAAGGAUCCAGCUGAGUGACUGGGAAGGAAACUCUGGAUUCUCACAAUACGACCAAUUUUCUCUUGACAAUGAAGCACAAAAUUACAAGAUACACCUUAAAGGCUACAGCGGAACGGCAGGCAAAAUAAGCAGCAUUGGGCAGCCAGGAAGUGAAUUCAGUACAAAGGAUGCAGACCAUGACAAAUGUGUUUGCAAAUGUUCACAACUGACAACAGGAGGCUGGUGGUUUGAUGCCUGUGGUCCGUCCAACUUGAAUGGGAUGUAUUACCAAAAGGGCCAAAACGCCAAUCGCUUCAAUGGAAUCAAAUGGUACUACUGGAAAGGCUCAGGCUACUCACUGAAGACCACUACAAUGAUGAUCAGGCCAGCAGACUUCUCGGGUUCCCUUUGAACAGUCAGAUUAAAGAAAAUGGGAAGCCUGCCUGACAACAAGCAACAAACAACAAGACCAAAAAUAAAAAUUCUCAAGGGAUCCAAAACACUUUGUGCGUAUAUUUUUAUACACCUUUGUGCAUCUUUAUGUGGUAGAUUUUAAAAUAUGGACAG